CGCUUCACUCUUCACGCCUCCCACGCCGCGAGCCAUUCUGUUACUCCCUUUCUCUCUCUCUCUCUCUCUCCCGAUCAUGGAGUCGGCGAAGGAGGAGAUCAAGGCCAUGGAGGUGCAGGUCGAGAAGGAUCCCAACCGGAAGUACGUGUUCGACGUCAUCAUCGGCGACAAGUUCUUCCUCGCCACCACCGUCACCGGCGGCCCGGAUGGCGACUCCAUCGUCAAGGACUGGGUUCAGCAGGUGCAGAAGUCGCACCGCAAGGGGAAGAAGGGAGAGGUCGUCGUCGGUAUCUCCGCCGAGCGAAGCCGGAGCUACGCGAAUGCGCCUUGGAAGCCCCAUCUGAUGUCGCCUGGUUCAAAGGACAAUCCCUACGACUUGCUCCAGCUCUGCGCGGGGAACCAGUGCCUUCUCUACGAACUCGAUCCUUCGCACCCUAUCCCCAAAAUCCUCAAGGACUUCAUCCACGAUUCGAGGAUCUUCGGCGUCGGGAUAGAGGCGAUGGCCAAGGAGCUCGAGAGGGAGGUCGGGCUGACGAUGCGUAAGCCCGUGGAGCUCCGGAAGCUGGCGGAGAGGUCUAAGGAGAUCUCGGUCGGGUACGUGGACUUCCGGAGGAAGAAUCUGGAGCAGCUGGGGAGGAUUGUGCUGGGAGGGGAAGCGGAGAUGGCGAGGCCUAGGAAGAUGAAGUGGCAGAUCCACGAUAAGUAUGGCCCGAAACCCUGGGAUUAUGAUGUCAGGCUCUCCGACGACAUGAUCAAGCAUGCGAGCAUCGACGCCUUCCUGGCUUGCAAGAUGGGGACGAAGCUGUUGAAGAACGUUGACUGAUCACGGUUAGUCCCGCGCUUUUUUGGGUACAUACUACUGAUACGGUGGUGGUUAUCAAGUUUGCUGAUGAUGGAGUUGAUGAUCGCCAAUUAGGCACUAUUAGCACAAGAACUUCGUCGUGUCUCUGCAAUAAUAAGUCUGUGUAGUCGUACUAGUAUCGAGGAAUUCCGAUA